AUGGGCUAUGUUCGACCUGCUACCACUGAACAGCGCACCGUACCAGACGUCAAGACAGUGAAAAAAAGACCGCGGAAAGCUGUCAUCGAGAAACGUGUUUCCCCGGACAUUUAUAUUCCUACCAUGAUAUCCGUUGGUUCAUUAUCCCAGUUGUUGGAUGUUCGCCUAACAACCUUGCAACGUGCCAUGCGAAGGGCAGGAAUGGAGGAUCAGAUGUCUUAUGAUUAUGUUCUCACCGCUGACUACGCUGUACUACUCGCAGAGGAAUUCGGACGAAAUCCAAUUGUCGACGAUGAGCUGGCCUUCAAUCUCUACCCACCCCCUCCACAUCCUGACCCGAGCUCUCUUCCCAUCCGUCCGCCAGUCGUCACUAUUAUGGGUCAUGUCGAUCAUGGAAAGACGACGCUCCUUGAUACCUUACGUUCCACAUCUGUCGCAAAAGGUGAAGCGGGCGGGAUUACCCAGCACAUUGGUGCCUUCUCCGUUCCUGUUCCUGGUACAAAAGACACGAUCACGUUCCUCGACACUCCUGGGCAUGCAGCAUUCUCUGCGAUGCGCGCCCGUGGUGCCCGUGUUACCGACAUUGUCGUCUUAGUUGUGGCGGCUGAUGACGGUAUAAUGCCGCAAACAAGGGAAGUCAUUGGACUAAUACAGAAAGAGAAGGGUAAUAUUCCGGUCGUCGUUGCGAUUAACAAGGUCGACAAGCCAGGCGUCGAUGUCGAUGCUGUUCAAAAGGCAUUGUUGGCGGCGGACGUACAGCUGGAGGAAUUUGGCGGAGAUAUUCCUUCGGUACAAGUGUCUGGGUUGACUGGAAAGGGUUUGCCAACACUCGUGGAAACAUUGUCUGCCAUGGCAGAGAUGCAAGAACUUCGCGCUGAGGGAGAUGGUCCCGUGCAUGGAUAUGUUCUAGAAUCGCAAAUGCAGAAAGGACUUGGUGCUGUGGCCACAGUUUUGGUGCUUCGUGGCUGCUUGAAGCCAGGUUCUCAUAUCCUAGCAGGGCUUAGUCAAAGCAAAAUACGAGUCAUGUCUGACUCAACAGGAAAGGUUGUUAAAGCUGCUUACCCUGGUAUGGCCGUGACUGUGUCUGGCUGGAAAACACUUCCAAACGCGGGAGACGAGGUGGUUCAGGGCUCUGAAAGUGACGUGAAGAAGGCCUUAGCCAAUAGGGUUAGGCAGGCGGAGAUCGAGGCUUCGUUGAAAGACGUGGAGGCUAUCAAUAAGGCUAGGAGAGAGGAGCGGGAGCGGCGGGAAGAGGAGGAAGCUGCCGCGGAGGCAGAGGAGGCAGCACGAGAGCAGAGACCUGUUGAGACUGGACCAAAGGAGUUGAAACUGGUCGUCAAAGCAGAUGUCAGCGGUAGUGCGGAGGCAGUAGUGGGCGCCAUCCACGGGAUUGGAAAUGAGGUUGCAACGAGUCGCGUCAUCUCUUCUUCCGUUGGCGAUGUAUCAGAGUCGGAUGUCAUGAUGGCGAAGGCUGCGGGAGGCACAGUUGUUGCGUUCUCGGUCAAAGUGCCCAAGCCUAUCGAGGCCAUCGCUAUCCAAAAUCAAGUUCCGAUCUGUUCCUCAGGAAUUAUUUAUCGAUUGGUAGAUGAUAUCACGGCCCGUGUCGUAGAUCUGUUACCAAAGAUUUAUGAGACCAGAGUUACCGGAGAGGCCACUGUUUUGCAGCUUUUCGACAUAUCGAUGAAGGGUGGCGUAACGAAGAAGGUUGCUGGAUCUCGUGUAGUUAGCGGGCUGGUGGAGAAAAAUAAAACGGCGAAGGUGGUGAGGAAUGGAAAAGUUAUCCACGAAGGUACGGUGGACACAAUGCGGAUAAUGAAAAAGGAGGUCACAGAAAUUCGUAAGGGAACGGAAUGUGGACUCGGUCUGGCAGGAUACUCAGAUCUCUUACCGGGAGAUACGAUUCAAACGUAUGAGACCAUAGAAAAACCGGGCGUAUUAUGA